GAGGCGCACGAACGAAAGCAUAAACAAACCGGCAAUGUCGCUCACGGAUAUUUUGGAAUUAAAUAAGACUGAACUCUUUGCGGAGAUUCGUGGUGGUUUGCCCGUGGUGCAAAAGACGCAGAACCUGCUGGACUGUAAGGACGACCUUUUGUUCGCAUGGGACGCCAAGCAGUGUUGUCUGCUGGUGCGCAACUGGCGCUCCUCGUUGGCAAAGGAAGCAAGUGUAAAGUUCCAGACACUUAUCCCUUCGAACACUGUGAGCUUGGAGGUAGACCGCGUGCUGACCUCCAACGAAUGCUCUCUUGUAGCCCUUAGUGGACCCGGCGGUGUGUCUGUGAUGGAACUACCCCGCCGCUGGGGCCCCGAGGGAUACUACAAGGACGGAAAGGCCAGAAUCACUUGCCGCACCUACAGCUUGGACACCCAGCUGUUCCUCAACAACCCGCAACUGGCGGUGCGCCAACUGCGCUGGCACCCGCACUCCGUUUCGGACUCCACGCUGCUUGUGCUGCUCAACAACAACACCAUCCGGGUAUACAACCACGCCAAGCUCCGUCAUGUUUGGCAGGUGGGUCCCUCGGUCUUCUCCAACAGUUCCAUUAGCGACUUUGGCGAGUUAGCUGUGGACUUUGACAUCGCCCCUGCGGCGAAGCCUCGUAACCCAGAACCUGAAGGGGAAAAGGACACCACUCUCGACAAGAGCAACAAAACCCUGGUGGCAGCCAAAUCGUUGCCAAAGCAGGAUAGGGUUGAGUGGCCAGUGGUAGUGCUUCGCGAAAAUGGAAACAUCUACAUACUAAUGACUGGUCUGGAGUCGGAAAUGACACGUCUCCAAGGUCCUAUCACCCUGACUCCUCAGACGCGGGACAACUACGGCCUAGAGUCGUGUGCCCUCAUGAUAAUCCCCUCGUUGCCUCCAACUUUAGUUAUAGCCGAGUCCAAUGGAAAGCUUCACCAUGCCCUCCUUAUGGAGGCAGAGGCCACUGAGCACUCCUUCAACGAGGUGGACGACUUUGUGCUUAUCGAACCCGCCGAGUAUGUCGUACAUGUUCUUGAAACCGUGGAACUGGAGCUAGGUCUUACUGCACCUGGAAAUGGUGGCGCUGGUGGAGACUCAUUCAAUUGUCCCAUUUUUUUGAAGCGGGAUCUAAUCAACGAGAUGCGCUACUUUGCCUACCAUAACGCGGGUCUUCAUGCGGUAACCGUGAACUUCAUCUCCGAGCUGCAACGUUACCUGGACAGCGAGUCCGAGGAAGACAGGCUGGAGCUGUCGGCUCCUUCCCGAGCAGAGUACAUCCUCUGCACUAAAUUUGACUCCAGUGAUAGUGUGAAUGCGGUCUUCGGAAUAGCUUUACUGCAAAUUCCUGCCGGAGUGGUGCUUCUCCUAGGCAGUGGCCAGGUGAUUAGUCUAAAGUUGGUUAUUGAUGCCCAGCUACUAGUGACACCCACUGAGAGUAAUAAAGCUAGUGCGGAUGUGUCGCAGCAGGAGAGUGGACCUUCGUUUGUGGACAUCAUUAAAUCGCUCCUUCAGCGCAGUGUAAACCAGCCCAUUCUUUCGGAAAAACAAUCAUCGCCUUCCGCUCAGGAGAGCUACGAACUGCUAAACCAGGCCAUCGAAGUGCUGCGCGAGCAGUACUUGAAGCGUCAUGACCUCGUUCGCGCGGCCUUCGCCCGUCACAUCAACCAGAUCAAACUAAAGAAGGAACAACAGCUGCAGGAGAUUCAGGAUCUGGAACAGGAACGAGAACUGAUCAGCGAACGAGCCCACAAGCUGGCCGAGCGUUUCGAGGAGAUAAGCUACAACCAGGAGCUGCUCGUGUGCAAGUGCAACUCCCUGAUGCAGAAGGCCAAUGCCGCGCUGCCAAAUAGUGUGGUGGCCGAACGGGAGUUUGCCCAGGAGGUGGCUCGACUUAACAAAAUCACCCAGAGCAUGGCCGCCGGAUUGGAGAGCGCCAAGAAAUCGCUAAACAAGCAGCGUUACCACAUUGCUAAGAGCCAGGAGGACCUGAAGAAGAAUGCCUACGAGCUGCCGGAGAAGCAGCAUCGCACCAUUACCGAGAUACUGACUCAACUAACCGGGGAGAUCGAUCGGCAGAUCACCGACGUCAAGCGCAUCAACAAAAUCGUUGGUGUAUAAACUCGUAUUGAAAAUCACACUGUUAAAUUUCGCCACGUUUUUGUUGAUAAAGCCGAAACGUAUAACUAAAACUUACUAAUAAUAAACAUGUUGAUUAAGUCUUA